UCGAUGAACCUUUUUGGACCCCAAUCUUCGGUGCAGAUCGGCCAAGGUUUAACCGAGAAGGGUCGGAUCAUCGUAUCAGAUUCAAUCUCUCAACUGCUUACAUGGCUCAUACACAACAGGACAUGUCACAAUCUGCUUCCAGGAACUAAGCGUUGGUUCGUUAGCACUUGCUACCUAAGGUAUAUUGGGCCUGGAGAUUCUAGAGAUAUAGGCCACUUUGAUAUUGAUACUCUGUGUCUUUGCCGUAUAUUCCUAAUUGCACAAGACGUGCAAAGUGGAAUCACACUAUGUCGCUCACAUAUCGAGAAGCAUGGAAUCUCUUCCAAUACGAGCACUCAUCACCAUCAUCAUUUAAUGAGAACCCCCAAGUGCAGGAUUCCGUUCACUCCGACAACCGUUUCCAUUCUCCAGCCAAUGCUACCGAUACUUCAAACCAGGAACCAAGAAGUCCCAGCAGCGAUUUAGUCGCAGAGCUCCGUCGCCUGCGAGAAGACUUGCAGCGUCUUCAAUUCGCAGGAGUCCAAGACCAAUCUAUAGAUGUCGCCUUCUCAACAAGCGAUCCACCCGAUCUCAGCUCACCAGCCUCACAGACUGACACCGCCACUCGCGCAAACCAGGCGCCCCCAAGAUCGGAUUCUCUUUGUUGUUGGGAACCAUGUUGUAAUGGCCGCGCAUUUUCCAAUCGUAGUAAUCUGGUCCGUCACCAGCGAGAGAGACGCGGUGAAUCGGCGAAGCUUCGAUGCUCCUUUUGCGAUGCGGUCUUUUCGCGUCGAGCUGCGCGAGAUACGCACGAGGCGGCGAGGAGAUGUCGCCGGUAGUGAUUUGAGAUAUGAGAAGGUUAAAACAUUAAUUUAACGAGUAAAGACGGUCUUGAUGCCAAAGAAAUCCAUUCAAAACAAAACCUUGCAAAAAGAAUAGAAUAUGUGUGACUCAUUUGGGCGUUGCAAGUUAUAGGAUUUUACUCAUUGACGUGGUGACGGAUUCCGUUG